AUGUUCCGCAGACGAAAGGAUCUAGACUUCUUCGAAGCCGCCAUGAGAGGCGCCUCUCCCAAAAAGCAAUCCUCGAGACGAUCAUCAUCUUCCAAGUCCAUGAAGGAGCUACCGCCCGCCAAUCCCAGCGCCAGUGUCCUUCUCAUCUCAGCAGCCAAUCAUAUCCUACUGCUCCACCGCGUAUCUUCCUCGUCGACCUUCGCCUCAGCCCACGUCUUUCCUGGGGGCCAUUGCUCGCCUCAGGACGGCCACCUACCGCCACCGUCGGACCCGAGUCACCACCAAGACAGCCCGGCCUAUCGGCAUGCCGCUAUACGGGAGUGCUUCGAAGAGAGCGGGAUAUUGUUGGCUCGAAAGCAAGAAAAUACGGCGGAGCUAGUAGAACUGGCCGAGCAAGAACGAGAAGAGGGCAGAAAAGCUGUGCAUGCGGAGAAGGUCCCGUUUGCGGACUGGAUCAAACAAAAAGGAGGGCGAAUGGAUACCGAGGGCUUGGUGCCAUUCACGCGAUGGCUUACACCAGCUAACAUACCGAAACGCUAUUCAACGCAGAUGUACUUGUACUUUUUGCCUCUCGAAUCGGGACCAAGGCUGGGAAAGCAGACGGAUCAAAUGCACAUCCCAACCCCCGACGGCGGCGUCGAGCACACGGCUGCGAAAUUCGCGUGGGCUGGAGAAUGGAUCGAAGCUGCGCUGAAAGGAGAGUGCGUGCUAUUCCCACCUCAAUUCUUCCUCCUGUCACUUGUGGCCGAUUUCUUGAAACCACCAUUGGCCGGGGAGCGGGAGCUAGACACGGAACAGUUGCAGAAGCAGAGAGGACAACUGAUGGAGUUCGUCAAAGGCGAAGAUCCUCCGUGGGGAGAGAAAUGUAUAAGCCCCAACCCGAUCAAGAAAAGCGGCGACACGCUUUGGAUGGGCAUGGGAGAUGCAGGGCCGGAACUGGAAGGAACAGGAAGAGGUGGAGACAAGGAGAGAGUGCUGAGGGUUGAAUUGAGCGGCGAGGUUGAAAGAGGAAGAAGGACGCCGAGGCCUAAGGAGGUGGUGAUGAGAAAGGAUUUAGGAGCUGGGAAGGGAGAGGGGAAGGGGCAUUUGUGGCGCAUGUGA